AGAAGAACCACGCGGAUGCUACAGGAGUUACGGAGUUAAACUGAGACGUUUUAAUGUGGCAUGUGAACUGUGGAUUGUUUGAGAGGAACGUUCUAACACAUUAAACCGGUAAAUAGCUACAUUCGCUCUAAAACUAUUACUGUUGAAGUGACUGCAGUUGAUGAAAGACUUCCUAUUCUCACGUGCUCAAGAAUCAAGUCUUUUAAAUUCUCCAAGAUGUCGUGUUUUUCUGGUGAUCCCAACUUUUGCCCUGAAUGUGGGAGCGUUCUCCCUCUCCCUGGGAUACCGGACACGGUUCGCUGCCCCCGCUGCUCUUUCUGCAUCUCUGUAGCAGAAUUCUCAGGCCAAGAGAUCCACUCAACCAUUGUCUUCAACCCAGUGGAGCAGUCGUCUAUGGCUCUGGAGGGUGGGGAAGACUCUGAACUGAAGGGGCCUGUGAUUGAUAGACGCUGCUCUCGUUGCAACAAAGAGGGGAUGAUUUACCACACCAGGCAGAUGAGAUCUGCAGAUGAAGGGCAGACUGUCUUCUUUACCUGUAUACACUGCAGGUAUCAAGAGAAGGAGGACUCCUGAGAGGAAAUUUGACUCACCCUGUGUAAUUCAUUUUCAUGCAUCUGCUGACAAGUUUAUCACAGCUGACCUCCUUUCUUGGCUCAUAGUUUGAAUAUGUGCCUCACAGAAUCGUCCUGAAUUGUCUCUUCUGCCAGAGCUUCUAGUUGACUUUAGUCACUACGGAGUUCACUGUUUUCAUGAAAACGUUGUUGCUCUGUUCUCAUUGGAAAUGACGGAGUUGUGUGCGGUGCAGGUGAAAGUUACAGAAAAACUCUCUAAAAAUAGAUUUCUUGGCCCAAUCACAAUUUCCAAGGUUAGAAUUAACUUUAUUUUAAGAUUUUAAGAAAUGUAUAUGUUUGACAUUGUUUAUAGUAAAAUGUGUUCAAGUAUUUAAUUCAUUCAUUCAUUUUCCGCAACUGCGUGUCCUCUGGAGUGUUGGGUCAAGUAGUUUUGAAUUCUUGAGGCAUUACAAAGUUACAGAUGCAAUGUUGACGCACUGUAUUAUCCCCAUGCCUAAUACUACAUCCAAAAGAAGCAGGGCCACUGUUUAGAGUUGUGUUUUUUCAUCUGGAUAAUGAUGUACAGUAAUGGUUGGGACACAUCAACUCAGCAGUUUUUGUUAUCUUUAAUAUUUUCAGUUUUUUUAGAACAAAACUGCUUCUGCUAAAAUAAAAAAAAUGAUUUGGA